AAGUUAUGAUACAGAAGAAGGCUUAAAAAUUUUAGAAGAUUCUAUUUCCUUCGCUAACGGCAUUCUUCAUAUCAAUACUGACGAUGUCGAACCCUUAUAUUCAGUCCUGGAAGAUCAGUAAGCAAUUUUGACUAUAUUUCGUGCAACUUAGCACUAAGAGAAGACAAAGUAACUCAAGGAAAUUGCCAGAAGGAAAUCCUGAAAAAUGCAGCAGUAAAGGAGGAUGACUAUUUUGUUGCACCUAUAGGAAAUAUACCCUUACAUGAAGUAGAAGUUGACCAAGAGGCAUCUAAAGUUAAACAAUAUGAACACUGAAAUCAAAAAAUUGUUUCAAAUGAAACAGUUCUUCACAAUCUUACACUCACAGGAUAACAGUAUCAAAUUUAAAUUGAGAGAACCUAGUCAAUUGUUAAUAAAAAAUAUUCAUAAUGACUGGCUUCAGUACAACCAUAUAAAAUCUGGUAAACAUCAUAUGCCUGUCUUCCUAAAUGACUUAAGACACAAAUUAGAACAUAAUCCAUCAGCAUUUGGUAUUGUUAAACAAGACUUGCUGGAUUAUAAGAAAGAUAGAGGCUUAGAACUAAAAUACAAAAACUGGGAUUUAGGAAAAAAAUCUUUACUAGCAUUAGAACUUAUUGUGCCUCAACAUUAUGGUAUGCAGUACCUCAUUCAAUGGCAAAGAUAUAGAAAAUACUGGUGGAGUAGUAUAUCAACAACACCAAGUUUAUUCUCUACAAAUGAACUUAAGUAUGAUGGCAAUUCUGGUAAUGUUGAUAUAGUGGCACAGUUCCCCAAAGGUGAUCGGCUUGUAGAAAGCCUCUCUUUUGAAGCUAACGCUGCUAACAAAACUUGUACUUUGGGCUGUACUAUACACUUGGAGCAUGCAUUAUUUGUUCUUCUUCUGGAUGGAUUAAACAGCAGUAACAGAGAAGAUUAUUUAAGGCUUCACAGAAAAAUUGCUCCUUAUAAGAUUUCCAUUGCCUUGAAUAUAGGAAAAGAAUCAAUCAAUGGUGGUCCUUUGUGUAAACUGGCGAGUUAUCUGUACCAGAGACUAGAGACGAACAACAUCUCAACAUGGCUACCGGAUUUUUCUCUUCCAUUGGAUAUGCAGAUAAAAGAAGGCCUCCGUAUGGGCGUCACUUACACAGCAAUACUGGAAGAAAAUACACUCAAAUUCGGAUUAUUGACAUUAAUGAACAGUAGUACAACAUUGACGGAACAAGCACACAUAGCAGACUUAUGCAAAUAUGCAGCUUUAAUAUCAGGAAGUCAAAAAGAAGUAGAUUGUUUGAAGUAAUAUAUGUGGGUACAUGUGUAGAGAAUAAACUUUCGUUAAAUAAU